CACGUGGGUCUGCAGCGGCGGCGGAACCCAGUUUCUGCGGCUCGCGGCCCGCCCGGGGCUCUCAGGCGGGGGCGCCGGCGGAAGUGGGGGCGCCAGCAGGUGUGGACCUCGGCUCUGGGAGAAGUCUGUGCCUGUUCUGGGGAGCUGGGGCAAGUGAAAUCGGUUGAACAGGCAGUCAGCAGCCCAGACAAUGCAGACUCCGCCAGCCAUCCCUGUGCCUGUGCCUGUGCUCCGGCUCCCUCGGGGCCCUGAUGGCUUCAGCAGAGGCUUUGCCCCUGGUGGACGCAGGGCUCCCCUGAGGCCUGAGGCUCCUGAAACCCAAGAAUCUCUGGAAUCGCAGGAGCAGCAGGCACGAGCUGCCCUCCGGGAGCGCUACCUCCGCAGCCUGCUGGCCAUGGUGGGUCACCCGGUGACCUUCACCUUGCACGAGGGUGUGCAUGUGACCGCCCACUUUGGAGCCACCGACCUGGAUGUGGCCAACUUCUACGUGUCGCAGCUGCAGACUCCCAUAGGAGUGCAGGCCGAGGCACUGCUCCGGUGCAGUGACAUUAUUUCCUACACCUUCAAGCCCUGAAGACAUUGUUGCCUCCACCCCUCUUCCGACUCAGCCAGGAAUCCCACACCUCCAUUGUUCCGGGGCUGGAACUGGCCAUGUAGAGUUCUCAACUCCACAGGAAUUCUGAACCCAACCCCAGGCGACUCCAGAUUCUUCAGACCUCUGGGACCCCAUCUGGAACUCUGCAGCCCCAGGAAUUCUAGAUCCACUGAAAGGAAUGUUCUACCUCAGAACUGAGCUCUGCAGAACCCGGAUUGAAGAGGUUUGAAAGUUCAGCCACCUGAGGAUGUCCUCAGUGCUCCCCUCUGCCAAAGAUCCUAUUGUUCCAGGAAAACUCGACUCUUGCUUUUCUUUUCCUUCUUUAUUGUCCCCCCCACUCCCAGGCAGUGGACACAGGGUCUCACUAUGCAGCCCAGGUUGGUCUCUUGCCUCUGGAGUGCUGUGAUUACAGGCAUACACCACCAUCCCUGACUCCCCUGUCUUUCAGUGUACCUCGAGGAAGAUGGGGACGGAGCCAUAUUUACGGGGUGGUAGGGUGGUUAUCCAAGGUUGGAAUUCUAGGGAUGGACCAAGAUAGUGAGGAGCCGGGAUCACGGUGUGGACAUUGCACCUCCGUUUGUUUCCGGGGUGGCCGGUUCCCCUCUGAACGGGGAGUUUGGACCAAAUUUUAUUUAGGGGUGGCCUUUUGCAAGUGAGGGGUGUGGCUCGUGCUGGGUCACAGGAUGGGUCACAUGUGCCCCUUCCGUACGUGAUAGGCCACAAAGCCGCUUUUGGAGCCCGUGCGCGACUUCGCAGAAGCUGAGGAUCAGUGGGUAGCAGGAGGCUUCGCAGCUCCGGCCUUGGAGGGGUGGCCCGUGUCACCGCUUCUAUUAGCCCUGUCACUAGAAAUCUCUCAGCAGGUGGUUCUAAGAAGAAAAAAAAGUUUCCGUCCCUUUUUUAGUCCCUUCAAGUUCCUAGUGUAAGUGAAGCCUUCCAUUGUUGCAGACUAUGGUGAACCGGGGAACAGCCUCGGCUGCCAUCUGUCCAUUCGCCUACUCUGGCCAGCACCCCGCCCAG